UCACCAGUGAUUCUCCCUUAAAGUCGCUAUACCUGAUCCCCAAUCCCCUCACGGCCAUAUUAGACACGCGUACAAAAGGAAUGAGAACGUUUCGCAAUAAAUGAGGCUCCUCUGAAGCUGUCAAGGUGCGCUCGCUUCUUCUAUCUUUCUGCUUUUCAGAUCCCCGUUGUCGAUCGUUCAUUAUCGUCCGAGCUAGAAGCGAUUUGAAUUGCAGAGCUCCUCUCGGCUGCGCCACAAAGCCUGUGACAGAAACAGUCCGCGAAGCAUGGCAUGGCACUGCAACGGCACUACGAAUCAAGAGAUGGUGACGAAGCUGAAAGAUGCUGGCAUAUUGGCGACAGACAGAGCAGAAGCAGCCAUGCUCGCUGUUGACAGAGCCAAAUACUGCCACGAGCCGGACCCUUAUCUCGACCGUCCCAGAAGAAUCGGUUACAACGUGACGAUCAGUGCGCCGCAUAUGCAUGCAUAUGCACUGUCUAUCCUAUCUGAUCAACUCUUUGAUGGUGCCAAGGCACUCGACGUUGGUUCAGGCUCAGGCUACCUAUCCGCUUGUAUGGCAUCCAUGGUAGGCACGCGUGGACGCGUGAUAGGUAUCGAGCACAUUCCUGAACUCAUAGAGAACUCUACUAGGAACGUGCGCGAGGACAAUCCACAUUUUCUCAAGGAGAGCCGCAUCAAAUUUGUCGUGGGAGACGGCAGAUUGGGACACGCUGCUGACGGCCCUUACAACGCUAUACACGUUGGAGCAGCGGCUGAGACUUUACCGCAGACGCUGAUAGAUCAACUGGCUCCCGGAGGUCGACUGAUCUGCCCGGUCGUAGCCAUAGAAGGUUUCCAAAGGUUCCAAGACCUCCUGCAGGUGGAUAAGAACACAGAUGGCACGAUCACGAAGAAGAAACUGAUGCAAGUCUCUUACGUUCCUCUGACGGAUCCUACUACUCAAUUGCGUAAUUAGAAUCUCUGAGGUGAGGUGUCACGGUGGGGAAAGGAAAUUAAAAAUUUUUAAGCGGACGAUUAAACGAUCGCGUACGAGAACUUGUUGAUUAACGAAAUUGAUCGAAAUUUUUGUAUUUACGAAUUAAUUUUCUUUCGCACAUGCGUAGAUAUGAAUUACAUUUUGUUUUCAAUUCGGAAUACAUCAAUAA